AUGAAUAAAGAUCUUAUAUAUAAUCAUCCACUUUUUCCAUUAUUAAUAAUUAUGUUUGAAAAAUGUGAAUUAGCAACAAAUUCUCUUAGUUCUCUUGGAUCGACUAAUGAAGAUAUUAUUGAAUUUUCAAAACAAUUAAAUAAAGAACAAUUACAAUGUUAUAUAUCAAAUCCUGAAAUAGAUAAUUUAAUGAUACAAACAAUACAAAUUCUACGAAUUCAUUUACUUGAAAUCGAAAAAGUUCAUGAAUUAUGCGAUAAUUUUUGUCAUAAAUAUAUUAAUCUAUUAAAAGGAAAAAUGCCAAUGGAUAUUAUUAUGAAUGAUUCAAAAUCAGAAGAAGAAAGUCUAAUAAGUAAUGAUGAUAUUAAACCAAUAUGUUUAUUACCUGUUCAAACACAAUAUGUUUCACCUGAUAUAUCAUUAACAGAUGAAAUAAAUGAAAAUUUUGAUAGUGAUACAUAUGAAGAAAAUGAUGAUGUACCACAACGUCGUCAAAAAAAACGAGGAAUAUUUCCGAAAUCAGCAACAUUAUUAAUGCGUGCAUGGUUAUUUCAACAUUUAACUCAUCCAUAUCCAUCCGAAGAACAAAAAAAAAUAUUUGCUAGAGAAACCAAUCUUAAUAUAUUACAAGUUAAUAAUUGGUUUAUUAAUGCGCGAAGACGUAUUGUACAGCCAAUGAUCGAUCAAUCGAAUCGUGCUGCAAUGAUGGGAACAAUUUAUAAUGAUUUUCUCCCUACUAAUCCUUAUCAUACAAUUGAUUCAAGUCGAACAACAUACGAAUUUCAGACAAAUCUAUAUGAUGAAAUGGCAAGAACAUCAGCAUAUCAAUCACCACCAAUAACAAAUUAUUCAUCAAUGCAGUCAAAUUCAUUUUUUACUGCAGUUACUGAUCCGAAUCAUACAUUGUUAUCAACACAAUAUGGUAUAUCACCAUCAUCUUAUCAUGGACAAGAAAGUGUAGAUUAG